AUGGAAUUCCAGGAAUAUAAGUAUAGAUGGGUUAUUUUGCUACUUUACUGCUUAGCUGAAGCGAUGAAUGCAAUGGUAUGAAUUACUUGCUCUUCUAUUACCUCAGUCAUAAGCAAAGUAAAAUACGAUUAGACCUAUAAUGUUAGCACCUUUGCUGUUGCCUUGUGCUCCUUAGUAUAUAUGAUUGCAUAUAUUCCUCUCGUAUUUCCUUCUAAUUACAUUCUUGACACUUAUGGUUUAAAAGCAGGAGUAUUUUUCAAAUAGACAAUAAUUGGAAUUGGCAUUACUACACUUGGAGCUUGAUUUCAUGUGGGUGCGUAUGAUAACUUUUGGAGCAUUUUGGUCGGUAGCAUUUUGGGAGGAAUUGGGCAGCCAUUUCUUUUGAAUGCUCCUGCUAAGCUAGCUGCCUUUUGGUUUAGACCAAACACUGUAAAACCUAAAUAGAGAGCAAUUGCAACAACAAUUGGAUCUGUAUCAAACCCAAUAGGAAUAGCUAUAGGUUUUGGAUUGCCUGGAAUUAUAGUUACAAGCAGCAAAUCAAAAGAAGAAAUUGGAAAUUUAAUGCUUGUUGAAGCCUGCCUGUCUACUGCUGUAUGCAUAAGUUGCAUCAUAUUUUUUAAAUCGAAACCUAAAACUCCUCCAAGCAACUCAGCAGACAUGAAAAGAGAAGAAUUUCUACCUUCAAUGAAGCAAUUACUCAAAAACAAGAAUUUUAUUAUGCUCUUUAUUUUCUUUGCUAUGGGGCAAGGAGCACUCAAUGCAUUUGCAACUUUACUUGACCAAAUCAGCAAGCCUUAUGGGUUUUCCUCAUCUGAUAAUAGUUUAUUUGGAGCUCUUGUCAUCAUUUUUGGGCUUAUUGGCUCUGGAAUUGCAGGAGGAAUUGUAGCAGUAACCCAGAGAUAUAGAAUAAGCUGUUUAGUUAUUGCUUUUGGAUCGCUUGGAGGAAUAGUUGCAUUUCUAGCAGUUCUGCCCUUAGAAUCAACAUUGUGAUCAGCAAUUUUUGCUUCAGUACUUGGAUUGCUAUUGAUGCCAAUCCUCCCAGUAUCAUUUGAAUUUGUGUGUGAAGUAACAUUUCCAAUUGGAGAAGCCAUGAGUGGAGGGUUUUUAAACUGAGGAGGACAGAUUGUUGGGAUAGCUGAGGUGGGGCUUUCAUAUUUGCUGUCAAAUCAAGCAAUAAUUGUCGGAAUCAUAUGCUCUUCUGGGAUUUUACUUGGGGGAUUGUGUAUGGUGUUUGUAAAGCAAGAUUUAAGAAGGACGAACAACGAUAAGGUUCAUAAUCUUAACAACGAACUGCAUUAUGAGGGAUUAGUUAGCAUGUUGAGUGGAGAAUUAACACACUAA